AGCAGGCGGUGAUUGCGUCGUGGUGCGUCGAGCUUGAUCAACGGCACAGUUUCGAAGUGAUACUUAUCUGGCCAAAUCUCCAAGUCAUUUUCUCCUGUGAACAGCAAUUUGUCCAGAAAUCAUUGUGUCACUCAGAUAACCAAUUCAACAUAUAAUCACCCACCUCCUUUACCCACUAUCCCAAUAUAUCUUGUGUGCAAACAUGACCGUUCUACGAUCAGCUCUGGGCCGGCAAACCCGGCCACCACUCAAUCUCCGCGCUAUGUCCAGGCCGAGGUCUCUCAGCACCACCAGCAGCAUCACCGCCAGCGAAGCAGCAAGUCAGAUGCUACAGACUUUCCAGGACAAGACCAUCGUGCGAAAACAGACUCUAGACGGCAAUCAGCUACAAAAGUUGUGCCUCACGCUGGGCCGAAGGUAUGGCCUAGGCCCCCAGCUGGACCUCACGCUCGGCUGUCCCCCAGCGGGAACACCAGUGCCGCCGGGAUACCAUCUGGUAUACUUUACGCCAUCAGAACUGGAGGAGGAUCUUGGCGCCGAUGGCACAGACCGCACGUUCAACGCACCCGCGCCCUUUACGAGGCGCAUGUGGGCAGGAGGACAGAUGCGGUGGGAAGACGGUACCGAGCUGAGGGUUGGGGAGCAGGUUGAGGAACACACAAAGCUCCUGAGUGCCGUGGCGAAGAAGAGUCGUGACGGCAGUGAGAUGGUUCUGGUGGAGGUGAACAAAGAGUUCUGGGGUGAAAGAGGCUUGGCGCUGGUCGACCAAAGAUCUUGGAUAUUCCGGAAAGAAAUCGACCUUUCGGCAAUAUCAUCAUCAUCAUCCACAUCCUCAAUGCCUCCGAUUCCUCCACCACCGCGAGGAGGCAAGUCAGAAGUGCGAGACGUUAUAAUGGGUGACAACGCCCUGCCGGACCGGGUCUUCAAGUGGUCGCCCGCCGCCCUGUUCCGGUUCUCGGCACUCACUUUCAACGCGCACAUGAUUCACUACAACGAGAGCUGGACGAGGGCCGUCGAGAACCAUCCGGGCGUGGUUGUGCAUGGGCCGCUGAACCUGAUCAACAUGCUGGAUUACUGGCGAGACGUGCACCGGGUGGAGGGGUCCGUCUUGGAGGAGAUCUCGUAUAGGGCUACGGCGCCGAUCUACGCGGGUGAGGAGUAUGCCAUGUCGAGCUCCAAGAUGAACACGGAUUAUGGCAUAUUUGAGGUGCUGGUGAAGAAGGGGGAUCAGGUUUGCAUGACGGGACAUAUUAGCGAGGCCUCGAGCUGGAGUUAUUAGAGACGAUGAUGAUGAUGAUGAUGAGCGUAAUUGUCACAGUUAAUCAUGCACAGCCCGGAGUGAAUCCUUUUCGAAAUCUGGCAUUAAUGAGAUUAAUCAACAAGAGAGAAAUUGAGCCUGUUGGAAGGAGCGAUCGAGUGAAGGAAGUUGCGGACGUGGGCCCCUUCCGUGAAUUGGCAACGACCCGUUACGUCACAUGCUCUUUCUUUCACCGUCAGGAUCUUUGUUUACAACCAGAUACCUAAAUAGCAGCCAAAAAGUCUGGAAA